AUGGGUAUAAGAUGGUCACAUAUCAAAAAGAUUGACAACAAUCAGUGUUCAUUGCCUGAUUUGGUGUUGCGAAAGAUACUUGAGUAUCUAAAUCAUUGUUAUGAGCCAGAGACAAAGCUAUCACCAAAAACUACAGUUACAUCAUCAAGAUACCUCGAACUUGGAUUGGUUUGUAGUUAUUGGUUUCUCUACAUUGUACCACUCACCACAAAAUCGAUGGUUCUAAGUACGAAUGGCAACACUCUACACACCUACCCAAAACAACUGAAACAAUACAAUAGUUACAUCAACAAUCUCAACAAACACAACAAUACCAGUCGUGAACCAUCGAAAAUUGCACUUGAAAAGUUAGAGUUGAUUUUCGAUACCAUUAGACGACCUAAUUUCACACUCUGGACACUCUUCUAUCGUCCUCGACCAACCAACACCAAGAACAACAGACAAUGGUUACCAAACAAUCAAGUUUCACUCACCAAAUACUAUACCAACUUGAAAACUAUUAAGAUCUAUCGGAUUCAAACGGCUUCAAUUCGAAUGGAAUCGGUAUUAUCGACAAUUCCUACACUUACGAAACUCAGUAUAUAUCCAUCGCAUGACCAAAGACAGUAUGUACAAGGUCUUGAGCAACUACUUCAUAGUUGCACAAACAUUGUACGAUUCACAUAUAUGCAAAAAGCUGCAGGCUUUUCGGUGGCAUUCAACUUUCCCUGUACAUUAAACAAAAUCAAAACCACAGCAAUGUUCAUGCCAACCUUGCCAAUGAUGAAUCUAACUAAACUUCAUUACAGCAUGAAUCAAAACCAAAGAUCAAGAGCUAGUGCUGGAAGCUCAAAGUUCACUGGCGAACUCAUUCACCUCUUACCAAACCUCGUAGAUCUCACACUUGUCAAUACAUACGCACCUGUUUAUGGUCCAUUCCUUGCUAGAUUACAACACCUCAGAUAUCUAACAAUCAGAGAUGUGUCUAUCUUCAAGUCAAACGAUGUAGAUAGCUACAAGAAAAGUAAAAAGGUACAGCGACAAAAUGGUGAUGAUGCUACAACACCGAUUGAUACAUUCGUAGAGACAUUACUUAGAGAUUUAGAUUCAAUUACCGACCGACUUAUUCAACUUAAACUUAAAGAUCUAGAUUUCGACAGUGAAUCAUUGUGGACAGUGUUAAACAAGAUGGAUUUAUUGCAAAGACUUUCAUUAGAUACAUCGGAACCAGUUAAUAACUAUGUACUUCAAUUGAUUCCUCAUCUCGAAUUGUCAAUGCCAUCACUUAGACAUGUGACAUUCAAUGUUAAUUUUGACACAGAGUGGAUAACAAGAUUGCAUGACUUUUUAAUUGGUAACGAUACACUCACUUCACUCAGCAUUGCCAAUAUCGAUCAUCUUCAACAAACAGAUAUUCACUCUGAUCACAUAACAGUAAUACCAAAACAACAUCGAAAUUCAAAGAACAAUCUCAUUCGUAGUAUCAAAGAAAAGGUUAUAUUAACACAAAACUCUAGAAUACCAAUGUCAAAACACCGUUGUGCAAUAAUGUAUAUAGAAAUAAAUAUUUUAUUGUUAUUUAUGAUAAAUUUAAAAGUAUAUGUAAUACAAAAUCAAUUAGAUAACAAUCUUAAUAUGUUUAAACAACCAGCAUGA